UACCGUUAGGCAUGGAGAGCGCAUUGGUUUCAGCUAUCUUGUUUCUCAAAAAUAUACUGGAGAUGAUGCUCGAGUGAAAGUUCUUCGUAAAUCUAAGACUCUAGAAUUCAAAAUAAAGCUUAACGCACAUAAACGAUUGAUUCCAGCUCAUAUCAAGGGAAAACCUCCUUCUUACUACAUUGUCGGUGGAUUUGUUUUCACUACUGUUUCUGUUCCAUAUUUACGUUCAGAGUAUGAAAAAGAUUAUGAAUUUGAUGCUCCAGUUAAGUUGUUGGACAAACUCCUACACGCAAUGGCACAAUCAAUUGAUGAACAACUGGUUGUGGUUUCUCAGGUGCUUGUGGCUGACAUCAAUAUUGGUUAUGAAGAACUAGUUAACACUCAGGUUCUUGCUUUCAACGGCAAGCCUAUAAAAAAUCUGAAGAGCUUGGCUAACAUGGUGGAGGCCUGUAAAAAAGAAUACAUGAAGUUUGAUCUUGAUUAUGAUCAGACUAAAAAUGCAAAAGCGGCAACGUCGGAUAUUCUUGCAAUGCAUUGUAUACCUUCAGCCAUGUCUGAUGAUCUGAAUGAGAGCUAUUGUGGAGUUUCUACUGGCAACUGUGGUGUCAUCGAUGGCCUCUCCAUAAGAGAGUUCCUGUUCUCUUCCCUGCGAUAG